AUGAAGUUCUCCGCUCUCGCCGUCGCUGCCCUUCUGCCCAUCGCGGCCCUGGCCCAGCCUUUGGAAGCCGCCGACCCGCAGGCCACCGACCACCCCGACUUCGCCGUUGUGGAUUACGAAGUUCCUGCGGUGGAGGCUCGCGACCUGGAGAAGCGAGCUGUCUCCGGAAAGGUCCUCGUUGAUGGUCUUCGCUACCGGACUUGCCCCAGGACCUCUUGCUCUGCUGUCGGCCAGUAUUCAAAGGGCACAAAGAUUAGUAUCAAGUGCUUUACUCGCAAGGAUACUACCACUGUCAACGGAGACGCUGGAUGGGCAAAGCUAACCAAUGGAUACUACGUUGCUAUGGCCUACGGAAAGUAUAUCACUUGGUCUUCCACUCUUUACGCUUGCUAG